AUGCUCCUCCCUUUCCUCCUCACCCUCCUCCUCCUCACCCCUCUCUACAUCAUCUACAAGCCUCCGAACCUCCUCAUCCGAUACUUCCAGCACCGCUGGCCCGACGUCCUCUUCCACGUCCCUCCUCCCCAUCACCAUGACCACGCGAACCCCAACCCCAACACCCCCACGGACACCCACUCCAAACCCGAGAAACUAAUCGCCCUCACAAUCGACGACGCCCCAUCCCCCUACACCCUCGAGAUCCAAGACCUCCUCACCCGCCACUCCGCCCACGCCACCUUCUUCCUCAUCGGCUCGCAGAUCCCCUCGCGCGAAGAAACCCUACACUCGCUCCUCCGCGCCGGCCACGAACUCGCCAACCACGCUAUGCGCGACGAGCCCUCGCGCGCCCUGUCCCCGUCCGACCUGGAAUCCCAGAUCCUGUCCGUGCAGGACUCGAUCCGCGCUGCGUAUUCGGCCGUCGGGGCCCGCGAACCGUCUCCCCCUGGUGGGGGACGGUAUUUCCGACCUGGGUCCGGGUUCUUUAGUGCGGUUAUGAGGGAUGUGGUGAGGAGGCUUGGGUUUCGGAUUGUGUUGGGGAGUGUGUAUCCGCAUGAUGCGCAGGUGAGCUGGCCGUGGGUCAAUGCGAGACAUAUUUUGAGUAUGGUGAGGGAGGGGAGUAUAAUCGUUUGUCAUGAUCGGAGGGAGUGGACGGUUCCGAUGCUUGGGGUUGUUUUGCCGGAGUUGAGGAGAAGGGGGUAUAGGGUUGUUACGGUUAGUGAGUUGUUGAGUGCUAAGGGUGGUAUACAUUCUGGUGAUGAGAUUGGGGAAGGGGCGGGAGGAGGGAUGAUUAGGUUAUGA